UGAGUCAUUGUUUCAAUGUUGACCGGCGCCGUGGAUCGCACCGUGCCUCUUUUGACGCCUCUCCCGCUGCGAGAGGCAACGGAAGAAGCUCACCUUGGGGGAAGAAGUCUGGCCAGGCGGCUGCUGGCUGGGCCCGUUGGACGCAUGCGCGUUCGCGACUGGUUUGUGGGUGAAGGCCGAGCGCUUCCGGCUGCGAGACACCAAGCCGUGCGCGGCCCGCGGAGGAGUAACCAGAGCAACGGAAGACCGCGUACCGCAAGCAUGUCUCCGAGAACCGCUGCCGCCGCCUGCCUCGCGCUGUACGCCCUCGCAAUCGGGUCCAAUGCACAAGUCAGUGACGAAGCGACACGCAAGUGCCUGAACUGCAUCUGCUACGCCAGCACCAAGUGCAACACGCAAAUCGGCUGCACGAACGGCGGCCCCAACUCGUACUUCUGCGGACCCUACCAGAUCUCGUACGCCUACUGGGUCGACGCUGGAAAGCCCGGAAACUUUGACCACUUCGAGAAGUGCCUGAAGGACCAGGUCUGCGCCGAGACGGCGGUGGUUAACUACAUGAACAAGUGGGGCACCGACUGCGACGGAGACGGCCAGGUCACGUGCUACGACUACGCGCGCAUGCACAAGGCCGGCCGCUCGGGCUGCCAGGCGGCGUCGUGGGUGGACGCGACCGACUACUGGGCCCAGUUCCAGGAGUGCUUCGGCCCAUCGCCCUCCCCACAGGGUCUCGGACCCGGCGACGACUCCGGCAUCAGCGGCCUCGAUGCCCGCAGCAACAAACGCAACUAGGCCCCGCGCUGCGACACGUACCUCCUCGUUCGUGACGUUGUCUGCAACUUCAAUGGACAAUACUCGCGGCAGCUAGCUUAAGGACUCUCUGCGCUGUUUUCGAUAUCUUGAUCGGAUAUAUGAACGCGCCUAUUCCAGGGUUCUC